AUGAAGACUGCAAUUGUCCUUUCACUUUUCGCUGCUUUCGCCUCUGCAUUCUCUAUCGCUCCUAAUGGCCAGCGUCGGACCACAAACCUCUCGGCUAUUGAGAUUUGCGAAGGUGUGGAAUUCGACACCAUCUCUCGUGAGUGGCGCUGCAAGUGGUCACCAGAUGACGACAAGAAGUCCUUGGUCGAAGCCCAAAAAGCGCUAGAAUCUAUUCUUCCUGAUGUGAAGUCGGUUGACGGCGUCGAAGGAGUCCAACGAGUUGUCUGUGGCGGAUGCUUGGAUUUCAAGGUUGUGACCACCCUUCCGGCUGACAAGUUUGGUGAAUGGGAAGAGAAAGGAUUCGAGCCAGAAUCAAAGUUCAUUGAAAAGUUGAAGUCGAUUGAUGGUUUGAGCGUUGUCGAAACGCAAACAUACACCAACAUGCCAUUGUAA